AUGUCAACUGCCUCAGUACCUUGCUCGAGUUGCCGCGGCCUUGAAUGCAAGCCGGCGCGACGCAAGCCUGUCUUUCGACAUGGUUCCACAGCAAACCUGGAUGCCAAUUUCAAGCAAGACCAAACAUGGGUGAACAGCAGGCUUAAGAACUGGAGAGCGCCAGCUCGUUCCUCCGUGGCCUUUGAGUCUGAGCCCAGCAUGGCGGUGUCGGUGUCAUUGCCACGGCUCGAGGUACCGCUGCCUUCCCUGGGCCAGACUUCCAGUAAUCUAGGACACCAGAUCCAUUCUCCGAGUCAACAAAACUUUGGCUCAGACAGGCCUGGCGAGGGAUAUGCCCAAUAUGAAGUCUUUGAAACCUUUGAAUCUAUGCAAGAGGAUACUCGAAUGACAGAUGUCUCACCGCACCCGUCAACCGCCCGCCCAGCCCCUCCAGCGGUAUUGCCGAGCCGCGAUACGAUUUUUAAUACGCAAUUUUCGCCCGAUUCAAGAUUCCAUCAGGGUGAUCAGGACAGUCACACCAGCAGUCAUGUCAUCUAUCAAGGAGAUCUUACAGGGUCUGACAAUCCAUCUCCCUCUUCCCGUGGCAGCCUUGGAGAUGCAACAUCCGAUGUCCAAGAGUCUUGCUUGCUCCGCUACUUUAUCGAGGAGCUGUCUCCUUGGUCCCUCGUCGAGCUGCGCAGUGUUCAGCCUUGA